AUGAAUUCUACGGCAUUAAACCAAUCCAUGUCCUCACCGGAAAAGCUCCCAUUACGAGCUAUCCCCGGCGAUUAUGGCUUCUCCUUCUUCGGUCCCAUUAAAGAUCGAUAUGAUUACUUUUACAGUCAAGGUGAGGAUGAGUUUUUCAGAACCAGAAUCACAAAAUACAAAUCCACCGUCUUCCGUACAAACAUGCCGCCGGGACCCUUCAUCUCUUCCAACUCCAAAGUCGUCGCCCUUCUCGAUUCCAACAGUUUCCCCAUACUCUUUGAUACCUCUAAAGUUGAAAAAACAGACAUUCUUGACGGCACUUUCAUGCCGUCCACCUCCUUCUUCGGUGGUUAUCGUGUCUGUGCUUUUCUUGAUCCCUCUGAACCUAACCAUCAUCUUCUGAAAUCCUUGUUCCUCACUUUCCUUGCUUCAUCUCACCAGAAAUUCAUUCCUUACUUCCGAACCAGCUUGUCGGAGCUCUUCGUAAACCUCGAAGGAGAGGUUUCCGACGGAAAACCGGCGGAUUUUAACGAGCAUAGCGAUAACAUGGCGUUUGAUUUCGUUUUUCGGCUUUUUACAGGUGUUAAUCCGUCGGAGACAAAACUGAAGUCGGAAGGUCCUGGAAUUACGAACACGUGGUUAGCUCUUCAGCUGGCGCCGCUGGGGACGUUAGGGAUUAAGUACUUGCCGGACUUCAUCGACGAUAUCAUCCAUACAUUCCGGUUACCGUUUUUUGUGGUGAAACCUGUUGGAAAUUCUUUAAGCAAACAGAGAACAAACAGAGAGGAAACAGAAAACAAAAAUUGCCCAGCAACUAUGUGUUUAUUGAAAUCAAGCAGAUGCCUUAUAUAG